AUGGCUCUGCCAAAUCAAACCCAUCUAUCAGAAGGCCAGUUGAUUGAUGGAAGACUGGAGUGUUUAUAUCAUGGUUGGCAAUUCCAAGGCCAAGGAAAAUGUGUAAAGAUUCCACAGCUCCCAUCUGAUGCUAAAAUUCCUAAAGCAGCUUGUGUUAAGGCAUAUGAGGUGAGGGACUCUCAAGGUGUUGUUUGGGUUUGGAUGUCUCACAAAAAACCACCCAAACCCAACAAGCUACCUUGGUUUGAAAACUUUGACAGGCCAGGCUUUGAUUAUUCUUCAACAAUCCAUGAUCUCCCUUAUGAACACUCUAUUCUUCUGGAGAAUCUCAUGGAUCCUGCCCACAUUCCAAUCUCACAUGACAAGACGGGUUUUACCGCGAAAAGAGAAAAUGCACAGCCGCUGAGAUUCGAGGUGACUGAGAGGACAGAUAGAGGUUUUGCAGGCUAUUGGGGUGAGGCAAAAGACCAAUCCUUGCCUUACUUCUUAAGGUUUGAAGCACCUGGUGUUAUUGAAAACACAAGGGAACUUGUAGACAAGAAUGGUGAGAAGCACUACUCUGUUGGUCUCUUCCUCUGUAGACCAACAGGACAGGGAAAAGCCAUGGCCAUUAUGAGGUUUGGAGCCACCAAGCAAUCCCCUUUGGCUAAAUUGUUCCCAGAUUGGUACUUCCAUCACAUUUCCUGUACAGUUUUUGAGCAAGAUAUGGGAUUUCUCUCAUCUCAAAAUGAGAUACUUUUGAAAGAAAAAUCUCCCACAAAAGAUUUGUACCUUAAUUUGAAAUCAUCUGAUGUAUGGGUAGCUGAGUAUAGGAAAUGGGUGGACAGAGUAGGGCAUGGCAUGCCUUAUCAUGUUGGGCACAGCACUAUAUCAUUUCCCAAUGAGCCAGCCAUGGUAGAACAUGCACCAGCAGGACUUGUUGCUAGUGUUUCAGCAUCUCAACCAGCUAAGGGAGGCAUUGGAAGCCUGCAUGUUCCGAAUCGGACCAACCGGUAUUUCAGGCAUGUGAUUCAUUGCAAAGGGUGCAGAGAUGUUGUGAAGAGUUUUGAAGCCUGGAAAAUUGGUCUUUCUGGUAUUGCUCUUGGGCUGAUCUCAGUGGCUAUUUUAGUGUCUGGGAGGCAUUGGAAAGCCAUUUUGCUGGUGUCAGCGGCUGUGCAUUGA